AUGGCCUUCCAGCCUGUCCCUCGCAGCGGCGUGACGCCGGUGCUGGGGGGUGGUGCGGGCGGGAGCAGCGCCCGACUGCUUCUGCCGUCACAGGAGCUGCCCAUUACCUUUUCGCUGCUCUGGGAACAGCAGGUGGAUGCAGGUGUCGGCAGCGAGCCGCUGGAGGGCCACCUGGCGACGGAUGGCAGCGGCGACCUGCUGCUGUGCUUACUCAGCAUAAAAGCCCAACGCCUGACAGCACUGCGCCUGCCGCUGCCAGCGGCGGCCGCAGCGGUGCGCCUGUCGGCUGGAAAACGCGUGGAGGUUGCCUUCAGCAUGCCGGCAGUGGCUGCUGCAGCCGUCACUGCCGCGCUGCAAUGCCACAGACAGGCAGGUGCACAGUCAGGGGUGUCGGCUCGCGACCUUCUGGUGCUGCAACCCAAUGGCAGGCUGGCAUUGUUUGUUGGCAGUCGCCACCUGUGCACGGUAGGCCUGCCAGGCGACAGCGGCCCAGCAGCUGUCUACGUACAGCUGCUGCGCCUAGGCGGCACUGGCGGCGGCAAAGGCGAGGAGCAGCAGUUGCCUGCCAACCAUUCACAGCUGUCAGGCACCAAGCGGCCUGCAUCUGCGGCCGAAGUGCGGUCAGGCGACUCGGAUGGCGAUGAGGGCGAGGGCGACCCUAUGCUGGUUUCCCCCGCGCCCAGGCCAGUUUCCGCCCGCACCGCAGCCGGCAGGGCAUUUGGUGACCUGCUGCCCGAUGUGCGCUCGCUGGCAGAUGCUCUGGAGCCACCGCCUGCGGUGAACGCCGUCGGUAACCGCGUCACCCUGAUGCUGGAGGGUGGUAGCAGCAUGCGUGUGUCGCUGCCUUUUGCCCCCACUGGACCGCUAGCCAAGGCAGCAUUGGAAGCCCUGCAUGCAGCACUACCCGGCGAGGCAUGGUGGGCGCUAUACUCGCGCUGGCUGUCCACCGAGGUGUAUGAGGACUGCAAGAUGACCGUGCUGCGGUGGCAGCUGCUCCCUGUGCUGGGCCACGUGUUGCUGCAAGGCCACCGCGAUGCUAGCAGCAUCAACAUUGUGCCGAUGCUGGUGCAGCAGCGUGUCGCCUGCGUGCAGCGCAGCAUCGACUUAAUGGCUGCCUACUCGCUGCUGGGUGACGCUGCAGCCUCCAUCAGCGCCAGCUUUUCACUUGAAGCAACCCAGGCUGCAGAUCUGCUAGUGGUGACAGCCCACCGCAUUGUGCGCCUGUUGGUGCACCAGCAUUGGACGCUGGCUGAUCUUGACUCGCUGCCCUGGGGAGUGGCGCUCCCUCUACGUCAGGCAAUCCAGCACUGCCGCAGCAACCCGCCCACAGACUGGCCCCAGGAGGCCUAUGUGCUCAUCGGUGUGUCUGGCGCUGGUUCCUAG